AUGCUGGCCUUCCUGUGCUGGCCCCUGUUUGUCAUGGAGAUUCGGUGUGAAAGCUUUAAAUCACUGAUGAUGUCAACUUUUUGUGCUGCCACCCUGAGACAUCUCUCAACACCUUUGAUGUGGAAACUGUUCGAUGGAAUCAUCUCCAGCGAGGAGAUUGGACUAUUGGUGCAGGCUUCCGCCUACUUCGAAAUCGUCCUAGGCUUCGUGGUGCCAAUCACUAGUGGCAUUUUGGGCUUUUAUGGCUUUGGCAACAUUUUCCUCACAGAGGUCCAGAUUCAUGGGGAGGUCAACCUGAAGAAACAUGUGCAGCGCCUGGUGGCCGCCAGCAAGUACCGUGACGUGCCCAAAACGCAGAGGUCCUAUGCUGUGCGAGUGACAGGCCCUGGAAAAGUUGCUGGCAAGUACGAGAGGAUGGGUGCACACGCUGGCAUGCCGCUCUACCAAGGUGAGCAAGGACAGAAGAUCCUCUAUGACCCAGGCAGUGGAAGAUGGAGAAUGGUCCUGUCGGACGAGGACUGUCCUUUUACGGCAGCAGUACAGCCUGGCGUCGAGGAACCUCCACGAGGCGGCUGGGAAGCACCCGAGGAGUCCUGGGGAUUAUUGCCUGUGGAGAUUUUCAAAGCUGCUGUUUCUUCCGUGCGCCCUGUGCCAAACUGCUCACGCGGACAUAGUUUGAAGCCUGACAAGCGCACGGGACAUUCCUGUGACCUCUGUGGAAAGUCUGGCACGGACUAUCGAUGCCCAGAAGGGACAUGUGACUAUGACCUUUGCGCUUCAUGCUAUGCUCAAUCGCUGGAAAGCGCAGAAACGGAAGCAAAGGGCAUAACCGAGGAACAGCUGUCAGAGUUGCUCUCCAAGCUCCAAGGGCAGGACCCGGUCACUGGGGCGUCGGUCGUCUUCCGGCGCAGAGACAAAGCCGACUUGGGCACGGAAUGGCCCAAGAUUGCUCCCAGACUUGGCCACGCACAGGAGCUGUGGCUCGAAGGCCUGGAGAAGCUGAAAGCAAAGCUCCAGGAGGAUGCCGGCUUCAGUAUGGGACGGGUGCUGGAAACCAAUCACCCGUACGAUGCCAAACGCUUCAGCUGGCGAAAGGAAGUGAAUCUCAACGGUGCCGAUGCUCUGGAGGUGUUCUUUCAUUCAAGGAGUUCCACUUUGGACCAAAAGGCGCGCUUCAAGAUCUUCAGCGGUGGCCUUCGGCGAAUGUGUGCCGGGAAGUUCAGCCGUGUGGAAGUGGCCGUGCCAGGCAGCAGCGACAAGGUCUGGGGCACUGUGCUGGAGCGGGACGAAGCUGCAGGGAAGUGGAUUGUGCACUUGGACACUGAAGUUCGGCCAUCGCAGUCUGAGGAAACAUCAUGGCCUGCAGUUGGGGAAGAGCUGGAGGCCAAGAGCAACGGCCUUUGGCAUCGUGCGACAGUUGCAGAGAUAGGUGAGGAUGGCACCUAUUUGGUGGACUGGUUUGAUCGGGAUGAAAAGGAUCGGAAGAAGACAAAAAAGGAGCUACGGAAACCAGUGGAAAGACCUUUCGACCAUCGCAGUUUGGAAGAUAUUCCUCGCUUUUCAACUUUCCAGGGCAAGUUGUGCAAAGCCAUUUGCCUCGAGCAACCUGUGACGAAGCACGUGAGAUUUGCAGCUGGCACAACGGAGGUUGAUGAGCAAGGAGUCGGUCGCAUGGUGGGUGAUGAAAUCGCAGAGUUUGCUCUUGACCUAUCCUCGCCCUUGGCCCCCUUGAGCAUCGCCUCCUUCGCUGGGCCGGGACCUGCCCAGGAGGGAGGUGUUGGAGUUGGUUGGUACCUCGAUCUUUGUGCUACUUUGGGCGGUCCCUCGAAAGCUCAGCUCUCGAAAGUCUUUGAUUGCCUUGGUGGAGGUGAAUCCAAGAUCUCAGAUCAGGCUGCCAUCAUUCAGGCCUGUUUUCAGAAUCUUGAGGAGGUGCAGCAAAGGUUGAAUAGCGACGUGCGGAAGAUGCGCGACAUCACCCUCGUGUUCACCAACAGUUGCUCAUCCAACAAGGUAAACUUGCUACCAGACGCUCAUGUCAAGUUCCCAGCCGAUGUCUCUGCUUCCUCAGAGAUCUUAAAGUAUGAAGUCCUUGCAGCAAAAGGAGGCGGCAUUCAGGAUACUGUGUCAGUGAGUACCCACGUGCAUGAGCUGAAGAAGUUCGACAAUGGGUCAAGCUCAUGGUACUGCGACCACAAAGCACCCACCUGCAGCAGGGAUUCUGAGGGCCCCCAGGUCCGCUGGAGCUGCCGCUCGUGCGGCUACGAUCUAUGCAGAGCCUGUGUAGAGCACCACAUGACCAGUCCAGGACCAAGGACUUCAGGUUUCACAAUUCCAGUGAAGAGCCUGGCAAAAGAUGGCCUGGUUUCGGGAUCUGGCGUUCGCGCUGGCUGGGACGUGAACCUUCAGAAGACACUUCACAUAAAUCCAGAAGCAAAGCCCCAAGUCCCUGAAGCUUUUGAGACACUGACCCGCUUCCUGCACCAAUCAGUUCCCCAAGUGGAUCAAGAUGCACAUCUCUCCAAGGCAGAGAGAAAAAAGAGGAAGAAGUCUAAGAAGAAGAAGAAGGGUGACAAGGUCGAAUUCGACGUAGAAGCGGAGCCACCAGCCAAACCUGCCAUCGAGGUGGCAAAGGAAGAGGCUCCAGCAGCUCCAUCUCCACCUGGUCGGGUCUUUGUGGAUCGUUCCUUCAGCAUUUCUUUGGAGGAAGCAAUGGGCGGACCGAUGGCCAUGUUUGAGGUUGUUGGAAAAAAGAUGGAAGCUAUCAUGACGGAGUUGGGAUGGAGUGACCCCUUCGAAGUCCAUUCAGCUUUCCCAGAUCUUACGCCCAUGGAGCCAAGAGUGACACUGGCUUCUGGUGAGAUAGCCGGGCCUGAAGCGAUGAUGCUGCCUCUGGAUUUUUCAGGUGGUGAUCCCUUUGGACCCGGCGGUGCAGCUGAAGGGAAGGAAAGUCCGUUUCCGUUGACCUUCACCUUCAAGCUUCCGGUGGCGCCAGGGAAGGCAGAAUUCUUCAAAGAGGAAGAGGCAAAAACGGAAGAGAAGAAAGAAGAAACGGCACCACCUGAAGAGACUAGUGUUGAUGCGGAGGAGAAAGAGGAGGUGAAGGAAGGCAAGGAGGACGAGGAAGCUCCAGGUGAACAUGAAGGAGAAGACCCUCCAAAAGAGGCAGAAGUGAAGGUCACCAUCGAGGAAGCUCAAGAGUGCAUACAAAAAUUGCUGGCUGUGCCGGGCAUUUGCGUCGCCUUUCAUCAUCCAAAGCCCCAGGCGAGUCAAGUCCAGGAAUGCUUUGGAGCGAGAGGAAAGAGCUGCUGGCAACACUGCCAGGUACCAGGUGACUACGCAGAGUUUGAAUUCUCCACCGAUGGAGAUGGAGGUGACAAACCAGACAGGCGCUGGGGAGUCCUUGCACUGAUAUUGCCCGCACCGGUUGAAGAGACCGCGAAGACGAAGGUAGAAGAGUUCUUGGAAACGUGGGCGCAAACUCUGGUCCGCGCCAGUGGAACCUUGGAGCAGCCUCAUGUGGAACGUGAUGCCUGGGAUGAAGCCCGGCUUCGAGCUCUUUGUGCUCGUCAUGGCUGGGAGUUUGAGUGGAUGACAGAGGAUGGAGAGCGACAGCGGCGAGCUCGAGAGCAGUGGGACGUCCUAAAGUUGACCACCACUGCACUCCCAAGUGAUCCGGCUGAGCCGGAUGGCAGUACGGGCGCGUGAGUGCGAUCAACAUGAUCAUAUUAUAG